AUUGUGUAUGCCGAAGAUGUGGACUGGUUCUCGUCAUUGCACUGAACUUUCCUGUUAAAUGACAUCAGAAGAAGCAGAGCAGCCCUCUGCAGACCCAGGCAUGCUCAUGGACUCUGUGGAAACAGGUGACACAACUCCUCCCACCAAAAGAAAAAGCAAGUUCUCAGGUUUUGGCAAGAUCUUCAAGCCAUGGAAAUGGAGGAAAAAAAAAAGCAGUGAUAAAUUCAAAGAGACAUCAGAAGUUUUAGAGCGAAAAAUAUCUAUGCGAAAACCAAGAGAAGAGCUGGUUAAACGAGGGGUUCUAUUGGAAGACCCUGAGCAGGAUGGUGAGGAUCCAGGAAAGCCGAGCCAUGCCACGUUAAAGAAUGGCCACACCACACCCAUAGGGACUGCCAGGUCGUCUAGUCCAGUCCUAGUGGAAGAAGAGCCAGUGAGAGUAUCAAGUCUUAGGAAUCUUAAUCCAGAAGAUGAUCCAAAGAAGAGACUAGGCUCAACCGGAAGCCAGCCUAACUCUGACGCAGAGUCUGGUCCUGAGCAUGUACCUAAGCAGCCUCUACUCCCCCCAAAAAGACCCUUGUCCUCUUCUUAUGAAGCAAGUGAAGGGCAAGCAGAGGAGGCCACAUCUGGCAGCACAGCGAGGCCCGUCUCCUCUACUUCUGGCUCUGCCACCACACGGGUGGUCCCUGCUGCUGCCGCAGAUACAUCAAGGACUGCUGAUUCCUUCGUCACCCCUGCCCCAGCCCCCAGGACUCUGCCCGCUGCGCCUGCCAGCACUAGCACUACUGCCACCCUGAGUUUUACUCACACGGCCCCUGCCAAGCAACCCCCCAUCCCACCCCCUAAACCAACUCACAGAAGCAGCAACCCUGUUAUUGCUGAACUAUCUCAAGCAAUAAACAAUGGCACACUGUUGUCGAAACCAUCCCCACCCUUACCACCCAAGAGAGGCAUUCCGUCAACCUCCGUACCCACCUCUGAGCCCGCUGCUGCGCUCACAAGAACAGCCAGUGAAAAAACUGUGUCUGUGUGUUCAGAACCACCGCUGAUAAUCCCGCCUUCCUCCCCUUCUCCCCCACUGCCUACUCACAUACCUCCAGAGCCCCCACGGUCCCCACUAUUCCCUGCUAAGACUUUUCAAAUUGUGCCAGAAGUUGAGUUUUCCCCUUCUUUAGAUCUAUCCCAGGACAUGUCCCAGCAGGAAGAUCAGAAAAAGGAAAUCCCCAAGAAGAUAGAGGACCAGAGCUUUUCUGAGCCCCAUGUACCCUCCAGACUGCCCCCACUCCCACUACAUAUCCGAAUUCAGCAGGCCCUUGCCAGCCCCCUUCCCGUGACCCCACCCUUGGAAGGCACACACAGAGCUCAUUCGCUGCUCUUUGAGAACAGUGACACCUUCUCUGAGGACAGUGGUACCCUGGGUCGGACCAGGUCACUUCCCAUCACGAUUGAGAUGCUAAAAGUUCCAGAUGAUGAAGAAGAAGAGCAGACCUGCCCAUUGGCAUUUGUUGAAGACAUGACAUCUACCUCAGUCACUCCUAAACUACCACAGUUUCUGCAAGAGGAAGAAAAGGAGAGUGACUCAGAUUCAGAGGGUCCCAUUCAGUAUCGAGAUGAAGAUGAUGAAGAUGAAAGCCAUCAAAGUGCCCUGGCCAACAAAGUGAAGAGGAAAGACACACUGGCCAUGAAGCUGAGCAGCAGACCCAGUGAGCCAGAACUGAACCUGAAUUCUUGGCCUCGUAAAAGCAAGGAGGAGUGGAAUGAAAUACGGCACCAGAUUGGGAACACGCUGAUUCGGUAG